UUUCUGCACAGUUACUGGGACUUUUAAACUUUGGAUUUUCUCUCGUUGAGUUAUAGACAAGUAGCUCAUUAUUUUUUUUUCUCUUUGCGUCACCUUGUCUUGGGUUAAUAAUUUUCGGUUCCUCUUGCUCUUAUUUUUCCAAAUUUAUUUUUCGCGGUUGUUGGAAAUGUUGGGGAAUCUGUGGAUGCUCUGCCUGUGUCUGUGCUUCUCCUGGGCCGAAGCUCGUAUAUGGGCCUGGAUGCUCAACAUGCCUCACAGCCCUCCCAAGGAAGGAGCAAAGGCACUUAGAGAAGGAACUCCUGUCGCUAAAGCAGCCACGGCUGUGUGCGAACAUGACAGGGCCUGUGGGCGGGGUUUUUCCUGUGAUCGUCACUUUGGUCUGUGUGUCCCCCUACGAGGGGAGGGUCUCUACUGUCGGAGGGAUGCCCAGUGUGUCCGUGGCCUCAGCUGCAUGUUUGGGAAAUGCCAUCGCAACAUCCCCAAUGGACAAGAGGGUGCCAGAUGUAAAGUCGAUAGGGAUUGUGGGGCAUCCAUGUGUUGCGCCCGACACCACGGCGAGCAGGUGUGCAAGAGUCGUCUGAUUCGUGGUGAAAGCUGCUAUGUGCCUGAUGGCGGCCUGGCGUUCAGCAUAAACCAGAUUUGUCCAUGUGAUGAGGGGCUGCUGUGUCGUGAAAAAAGUGCACCUCACAGGAGAGAGUAA